CGGGCAAGUGAAGGCGAACGCGAGGUGAUCGCGUGCACACAGCAUGCGUCUGCUCUUGCUAGCAGCUGUGGUGAUGUUGUCCAAGCUGCAGCCGCAUGCGGCGCGGCUUACCGUCACCGAGGGCCACCACCAUCAGCCGCAUGACGCCUCUACCUCCUCCUGCCCGAUACUCGAGGGCCAGUGCCGUUGUUCCGCUGAUCUGCAGGAGUUUGUCUGCAAAACGGCCGGAUUUACCACCGUACCUUCAACACUGCCAAAUACCAUUACCAAACUAGACUUAACGAGCAAUAACAUCACGGCAUUAGACGCCAUCUCACUGAAGCAGUACACGCGACUGGAAGAAUUAAUACUCAUCGAUAAUCAUCUAGUUGAAAUACACCCGGAAGCAUUUGCGAAGACCAUUCACAUCAAAAGAUUAAUCCUCCAAAAUUGUAGGCUUACUGAAGUUCCCAAGGCAGCUUUAUUGCCGUUGAAGAAACUUCACACAUUGCAGCUGGGCCAAAAUGAAAUAUGGGAACUGGACGGAAGUACAUUCCGACAACUGCAAAUGCUUCGAAGUUUGCGCCUGGACGGAAAUCGCCUACGCGCCAUACCGACAAAUGCACUGCAAUGGCUUGAACAUCUAGAGGUCCUAAACCUGGGCAACAAUCUCAUCACUUCCAUUCCAGUGGACGCGUUCCCCAGAAUGGAAAAUCUUAUCGUUCUGUAUCUCAAGAGGAAUCAAAUCACUGAAAUAGCUGAGGACGCUUUCGCAAACAUGACGGCACUGAGAGUCAUCGAACUUGACGACAACUUCUUGACAAGCAUUCCAACAGCGGUGACUAAACUCCCUUCCCUACAAGAUUUGUCUAUCUCGGGGAAUCGCAUUAAGUAUAUUCCCAGUGGAUUGCUCCAGAAAACACCUGGAUUAGCCUUAUUGGAACUAAAAGGCAAUCCGUUAGUGGGCGUCGAUACACAUGCAUUCUCAUUUCUACCACGACUACGAAAGCUAAUUUUAUCGGAUGCUCGUGAACUGUCGACGUUUCCAUCCCUAAAUGGAACAAGCGCUCUGGAAAUUCUGCGAUUAGAUCGCGCCGGCAUUUCGUCAGUGCCAGCCACUCUAUGCUACACUUGCCCUGGAUUGAAGAGUUUAGAUCUUAAAUCAAACAAACUGGUGGAAGUGCCAGAUCUGUCUAAUUGCAAGGACAUACGAGUGCUGGAUUUGGCUGGCAACAAGAUAAAUUCUUUGGAGAGUCGACCUUUUAAGGGGAUGUCGCAAAUGCACGAUCUGCUUUUAGCUCACAACGAUAUCCAUCACAUCUCCUACGACGCCUUCUACGGCCUAUCUAAACUACAAGUGUUAGAUCUCGAAGAUAAUAAAAUUUCCUUCAUUCAUCCCGACGCCUUCCUGUCGAUUUCACACAUCGAAGACUUAAAUUUGGGUAACAAUGUGUUCUCAAUACUGCCAUUUGCUGGGUUGGAACGUUUGCUGCAUUUGAAGACGUUCAACAAUCCAAACUUACGGGAAUUUCCACCACCCGAAGUUUUUCCGCGUAUUCAAACAUUGGUACUCGCGUACGCUUAUCACUGUUGCGCCUUUCUCCCCUUGAUACCUUCGAACCCACCGCCGCGAGCUAAAGAUAUAAUCGUGUUUCCCGACAUUGAUGAUAUCGAUUUGAAUAUAUGGAAUUCCAGUUCGAUAGACUUGUGGCCAUCAAUGCAAAACAUAAGUCACAAAUUUGGCAAGAAAUUCAAAGCGUUGUGGGACCGUAUUGGCACUGAUUUCACGUACCCGGGAAACUUUCCCGCUUAUAUGGAGGAAUACACCGAGGAGGAAUUAAAUCGCAUUACUGGCAGCGAUGGUCCUCCCGGCAAAAUUCAGUGUUUGCCAUUGCCAGGCCCUUUUCUACCAUGUCAGGAUUUAUUUGAUUGGUGGACUUUGCGUUGUGGUGUGUGGAUUGUAUUUUUAUGUGCAAUGUUGGGGAAUGGUACUGUUGUGUUUGUACUUAUAUUUAGCCGAAGUAAGAUGGACGUACCUCGAUUCUUAGUAUGCAAUUUAGCGGCAGCGGACUUCUUUAUGGGCGUUUAUUUAGGUUUUUUAGCGGUUGUUGAUGCUUCAACACUCGGCGAGUUUCGCAUGUAUGCGAUUCCAUGGCAGAUGUCGGCAGGAUGUCAAAUGGCGGGAUUCUUGGGCGUAUUGAGUUCGGAAUUGUCGGUUUACACAUUGGCAGUGAUUACCUUGGAACGCAACUAUGCGAUAACGCAUGCCAUGCAUCUCAAUAAGAGGCUCUCUUUGAAGCACGCCGGUUAUAUUAUGAUGGUCGGUUGGACCUUCGCAAUUAUCAUGGCGGUGCUACCUUUGUUUAGUAUAUCCGAUUAUCGGAAGUUUGCGGUGUGUUUGCCGUUUGAAACAAACAACACCGCGAGCCUAACUUACGUAGUGUUUUUAAUGUUUAUAAAUGGUAUUGCGUUUUUAAUUUUAAUGGGUUGUUACUUAAAAAUGUACUGUGCAAUUCGCGGUUCUCAGGCGUGGAACAGCAACGAUUCGCGGAUCGCAAAACGUAUGGCAUUGUUAGUAUUCACAGACUUUUUGUGCUGGUCACCAAUUGCAUUCUUUAGCUUGACAGCCGCCUUUGGUUUGCAACUUAUAACGUUGGAGCAGGCAAAAGUAUUCACUGUUUUCGUGCUGCCAUUGAAUUCUUGUUGCAAUCCUUUUUUGUAUGCCAUACUUACUAAACAAUUUAAAAAAGACUGCGUCAUGAUCUGUAAGGCCAUAGAAGAAAGUAGAGUGACGAGAGGCAUUGGCCGGUGCAGGCAUAGCUCAAACUUUAGCAAUCGGCAAACGCCCGCGAACACAAACAGUUUAGCGGACAGAUCGUCGAGAGAGAAUCAAAAUCAUCACGUUCCGUCGUGCACGUGCAACGUGAAGCUGUUGGGUGAUCAAAAUGAAAACACUCCACGGCCGCAGACGCGUAAGAGUCGCACUAAAGAAUGGUUCUUAAGUAAAACCAGAUGGAUGUUGUGCGUUCGAAGACAAAGUCGGCAUCGGCCUAGGAGUGACCAGUACACCUAUCAAAUUGCUGAAAUACAGCAGAAGCAACACAAACGCGCCUCUAGCGUUUCGUCGAGUGAGAAUUUCAGUUCGUCACGUUCGGAUUCCUGGCGUCACAAUCAUCACUGCGGUAUACCCCUGAGACUGCUCGAUCCGAAACGCCGUGCAUCCUCGUGGCUAGUGACACGAAAGACGUCACAGGACUCCAACCUGUCGAGUUCUCGAAAUGAUUCCUCUGGAUCGGCCACGACGGCUAGUACGGGCACGUGGCGUAUCUCGCGGUCGAGUGCGUCCAGUGAACCGGCGACACGCCUACGCGCCAAGCCGCGAUUGACGCGUCAAUGCGCCGUGCAGGACGAAUUCGAUCCGCCAGGAUCGCCGGGCCGGCUUACCGUUCGCUUCCUAACGACAAUACCAUCGGCAGCGGAGAAUAGUAUGCAACAGGACGAGGAGCCGCCCCUGCUUAUCUCGCCGACAAAAGAGCGCGAAGGUCCUUUGUAUGCAAUCCUGCAUACGACGCCCAUUAUUACGCCGACGCGACGACAAAGCAUCGUCACGUUACAUCCACCAAAUACAUGCACUGCGACUAGUCAGCCUGAAGCAGGUCCUUCAAAACCUGUUUCAGACGUAAAAAGAUAAUAAUUAGUCCAAAUUAAUAUUAUGUAUUUUUCUAUGCAGUGUAAUUAAAUUACAUUCGAUAUUAAAUGCACUGUAUUCAUAGAUAGAUUAAUCGAGUACCGUCUUAUACGAUGUAUAAGUACACAUUCCAGGGUUCAUGCUUCCAGAAUAUGUUGUGUAGGAGGGUGCUCAUUAUUAAAUUAUUGUAGUUUAUUUUGUACAUAUAUAUAAUGAAUACGGGGGCAUUUCCGAAAAAUAUAUUUAACUGAAAUUUUGUGUAAAAUGUAGAAAUGUCCAAUGAGUCACUAUUUUUCGGUACCCCAGAUAUACUAAUAUAUUUAUCCCAAGUGUACAAUACGAUAAAGAAUGCGUGAUAUACUAAAUAAUUAGCAUUAAGGUUGAUACUAUCUAAAUAAAUUUAUUAAGUGAGA